GGUUUUGCGUUAACCGUGAAGAGGGGCAGUCCAAGUGACUCCCUUUUUCGCUCUCCAGCAAUUAUGGCGUCCGCGUUGGGGUCCCGGACUCUAAGCAAAGAUGAUGUCAAUUACAGGCUACAUUUCCGUAUGAUCAACGAACAGCAAGUGGAAGAUAUCACCAUAGAGUUUUUCUAUAAACCCCAUACCAUCACGCUGUUGACUUUCACAGUGGUCAGUUUGAUGUACUUUGCGUUUACCAGGAAUGAUGGAGAUCCUGACAACAACCUCAGGGUGGGCCUCAUCUUGGUGAUAUCCUUCUUCCUGGUCAUCAGUGUCCUUGCAUUUCCAAAUGGUCCAUUCACCAGACCACAUCCAGCAAUAUGGCGCAUGGUUUUUGGUCUCAGUGUUCUGUACUUCCUGUUCCUGGUUUUCAUCAUUUUUCUGAACUGGGAGCAGGUGAAAACACUCAUGUACUGGUUGGAUCCCAACCUGCGCUAUGCUACACGGGAGGCAGACAUCAUGGAAUAUGCGGUGAAUUGCCAUGUCAUCACCUGGGAGCGGAUCCUCAGCCACUUCGACAUCUUCGCCUUUGGACACUUCUGGGGCUGGGCCAUGAAGGCCCUGCUCAUCCGCAGCUACGGCCUCUGCUGGACCAUCAGCAUCACCUGGGAGCUCACAGAGCUGUUCUUCAUGCACCUUCUGCCAAACUUUGCUGAAUGCUGGUGGGAUCAGGUGAUCCUGGACAUCCUGCUCUGUAAUGGAGGGGGCAUCUGGCUGGGCAUGACAGUCUGUCGCUUUCUGGAGAUACGCACCUACCACUGGGCCAGUAUCAAGGAUAUCCACACUACCACCGGCAAGAUCAAGCGUGCCGUGCUGCAGUUCACUCCUGCCAGCUGGACAUACGUGCGCUGGUUCGACCCCAAGUCCUCCUUCCAGAGGGUGGCGGGCAUCUACCUCUUCAUGAUCAUCUGGCAGCUGACAGAGUUGAACACCUUCUUCCUGAAGCACAUCUUUGUCUUCCAAGCUUGUCACGCCCUCAGCUGGUGCCGUAUCCUUUUCAUCGGAGUCAUCACCGCCCCUACUGUCCGGCAAUAUUACGCAUACCUUACAGACACACAGUGCAAACGAGUUGGGACACAGUGCUGGGUCUUUGGGGCCAUUGCCUUCCUGGAAGCCCUAGCCUGUAUUAAAUUUGGACAGGACCUGUUUUCCAAAACCCAGGUCCUUUAUGUCAUCCUGUGGCUCCUUUGUGUGGCCUUCAUCACAUUCCUGUGCCUGUAUGGGAUGGUGUGGUACGCUGAGAAGUAUGGCUCCAGGCAGAAGAGCUUUUCAGAAUGUGAGGACAACAACUACAUAGAUUCAUGUGGAUAUGUUCCUGAAAGCUUUAAAGCAGGAGAGAAGGAGUCUGGGAUCAGUGCUCCCCCUUCAAGGCGGAAGAAAGGCUCUGGGAGAAACAAAGCAUCUAAUGGGCUGGGGAGCAAGAAGUAAGAGGAGCUAGAGAGCGGAUAUGUUCCCACCACACCCAGACUGACUGGGGGAGAGAGAGAGAGAGAGAGAAAGCGAGAGAAAAAGAGAGGUGUACACUUUCACAUGCACAUUUUUGUUAGAAGAACCAAUGAGAGGUGGAGGAGGAAAGGAAAAAAAACUGAUCGCCUCAUCAGGAUGGCUAGCAGGAAGGGGCCAGUACUUCUACACUUCUACAGUGUGAUGUCUUUCGAGCUGAGAAUGACGGGGAUUUUUUUCUCUCUAAAAACACACUUCCCUGUGUCACAGUGUUCAGUCUCCACCCCAAAACACCCCCAUGUCCUACUUGUGCACAGUCCACAGGCAGUUAACCUUUGUGUUUGUGUAUCUGAGUGUGUGUGUCUGUUAUACUUACAUAUAUUGAAUGCAUCUUUAUUUAUUUAAAAGGCUGUGGUUGCCACAGCACCAUUAUCUAAUUUUUGCACAGCUAAAACCAUAGACAUUCACACACCAGCCAAUGAGGCACUCUACCCAGCAUGCAUGGCAUGUACUUCCAGGAAGUGAACGAGCAUUUGCUGAUUCGUCAAGUGUGGCUAACUUAUCCUCUGCAGUUGGCAUUGUCAGCUCCCUCGCAUCUGAUUGGUCCAGGUAUCCCCAUGUAACAAAUUUGAGCCAGUCAAAGGAGAGAACAUCUUACGUGUGAACCAAAAUGCUACAUAUAC